GAUUGUUCAAACAUUUAAGUUUAAGGAAUUUUAUUAUAGGACGGCAACCCAGUCUAGUUGAUAAAGAACAGAAAAUGGAAACUCCGGGCAAAUCAUUUGCUUUUUUGAAAAAUUCCAAACUUCCUUCUAGUAAAUAAUCCAAGGUAUUUCUCUUCACAAAUUUCACAGGCCGGAAACAAAAAAACAAAAGAAUCUGUGGUUGUUGAACUAAAAUAUUUACUAAGAAUUUUAAUUUAAAGUAAACUUGAAAAAGAGUGAAAUGAAAAGCAAACAAAUAUUUGGCUGUUUAAGUGGGUUAAUGACUAAGAGUUAAUUUUUUAAAAGAUAAACAUAAAAUAGAAAGGAUUUAUAAACGAACAAAAAUACCUAGUAAAUUAUUAUAAAAAUAAAAAUAUAUUACUUAGCUUAACAUUAUGUAUAUACAAAGAUUGUUUGUAUUUACUUUUUUUAUUGUGGUUAUGAUUCAAGCAUUACCGAGAGAAAAACGUAAUCCAUUUAGUGAUACAACUAAGGAUGAAAAUGAAAAUACUAAUAUUCCAAAACACGUUUCUCCAUUUGCUGUUUUUGAUUCUAAUGAUUCAAUAGAAAAUAAUUUAAAUAUUACAACAACAACUCAAUCUCCAGAUGAAGAUUUAUUAUCAAAAAUAUUAGUAAAUGAUAUGGAUGAGUCAGUCAGACAAAUGGAGAUGUAAAUGAAGUUAAUUGAAAUUUUGGAAGAAAAUAUUUUCCUUUAAUGAACAUUAUAAUUUCAUCGUUUUUUAACCCUUAUUUUUACUCUUAAAAAUUAACAAUUAAUGAAGAAUUGAAGAAUGUACAUCCUUCAUAAGAGAAUCAAAUUCGAUAAGAUUAAAUAUUGUGCUUAUUUGAACUCUUUCAUUAACCUCUGAUUUUAAAGUUGAAAUAAUUGAGGAUAUAGCUAAAAUAGAAGCCAUUCUCUCGAAUGCAUUAUUUACCAAUCCUUUUGUUCCAGUUUCUUCAUUUGUAUGAUCAAUUUUCUUGUCACGAAUAUAUCUUUAAAAUUGAUUUGUUGAUUGUUUGCCCGAAAAUUUUUUUGAGCUUUCUCUAGUUGGGGUAAUAUGUAUACCGUGUGUC